CAACAAUGUCCUGGGUUCAAAGACUGUUUACAUGUGGUCCGUGUACAGGACGAAACAAAACGGUGGAACCUGAAAAGGGGAUGUUUUUGGUUAUGGUGCUGAAAUUCCCACAUUUUUAGAAAUAAAGGUACCGUUUCCUUGUGGCUUGGGUGGCAGAAUCAAGGGUUCAAGGGUUUCUUUUGUACAUUAGUACGUAUCAUUUACCUUUAUGGUGGACUUUAAGGACCUUAAAUACAUUUAUAACAAUGUCUUCUCCCAGGUAAAAGAUACAUACUAAAAGUACCAAAGGUGCACCAUUACCGGUUCCACUCCAUUACAGAUUUGGUACUAUUUUGGUACUGAAAGGGAAUCUUCACUCCUGUGCAAAUUCACUGUGAGUAAACAGAAAAAGUGGUUCACUAUGGCGCACUAUUAUUUACUAAAAUUCUUCUUAGAACUUGUCCAAAACGCGAUUUCCAUAUAACUUCAUUAAAAAAAUGCUGGUGUAUUGAUGUCUCAUGUUACAAAGUAUUUUAAGUCCUGGUCAAUGGCACACAGAAACAGCACAUAAAUAUACAGUACAACAGCUCACACACAUACACACACACACAGACACACAAACACACACACACACACACUAGGGUGUGUAAAACACGACUACACAUAUACACACCAAAACAUACAAUGCUUCACACAUUCCAUCAGUGCAUGUGUGUGUGUGUGUGUGUGUGUGUGUGUGAAGCCUUGGCAUAGUCCAGCCUCAGUAAGAAUAGCGGUGCUCAUUUAGGAGGACGUGCUUGGAGUGGACAAAUCAUGCGAAUGGUGUUGGGAAGAGAACGAGCGUUAGACCCGAGAUGAAGGAAGGGAGGAUGAAUCACUGCAGAACAUUUACCCUCUGUUGCAUCCUCUCCGUCUUUCAGUCAGGAGGUGUUGAUGCUGUAAACAUCACCAGUUUUGGGAAUCUGGUCCGAGGCACAGUAGGCGGGGAAGCCCUGCUCUCUGUCCGGUACUCCAGCACCAGUCUGGAUCCACCAGUUAUCAAAUGGCAGCUCAAGAGAGAGAAACCGAUCACGGUGGUCCAGUCGAUCGGCACCGAGAUCAUCGGAAACCUGCGGCCGGAAUACAGAGACCGUAUCCUGGUGUUUGAGAACGGGACUCUCUUACUGCAUAACUUAAAGCUGUCUGACGAGGGAAUGUACGAGGUGGAGAUCUCCAUCACUGAUGACACCUUCACAGGGGAAGACAUCAUCGAGCUGACCGUGGAUGAGCCAAUAUCCACUCCGUAUGUGGCUGUAUCCACUACCACUGUUCUGGAACUGACUGAACAUUUCACUCUGAACUGCUCUCACGACACGGGAACCAAGACCACAUACAGCUGGACGAAAGGCGGGAAGCCGCUGGUUAACCACACUCGCCUGCUGCUGUCUCCUGACCAGAAGGUUCUGACCUUUACACGGGUGUUGCAAGUGGAUGAUGAUAUCUACAGCUGUCUGGUGGAGAACCCUAUCGGCAGUGUGAAAAGCUUGUCCCUGAAACUCACCGUUUAUAAAAGGAGCUCCCUUUACAUCAUCCUUUCCACAGGAGGCAUCUUUGUUCUGAUCACUCUGGUAACAGUGUGCGCAUGCUGGAAGCCAUCUAAAAGAAGGAAAAGACAGAAAGUGAAGACGAAAACACCAAGAUCCAGUCCUGAAAGCCAACGAAUUACAUAUGAGGAGAAACCAGAAGAUCAUGUCGUCCCGCUAAUGACGGAUCACGAGCGCAGGAACCCGGUCUCACUUUAUAUCCUGAAGGAGAAGGACUCUCCAAGCGAAGAACCUGCAUCAGUGUGCAAAACAUGCACGAGCAAUGGUGGCAGCCCAUCCAACAACAGGAGCUCCGCCCCACCUCGUUCACGCUCACCUGAACCUCCAGCACGUGCGUCCCGCCGUUACCCACGCACACCCACCAACACCCCUCCGGUACGCCACAGCCGGAGACGGGGCCACAGCCGGAGCCCGCCCGCUCGUGCACCCUCUCCACCACGCACCCGCACCUCCAGUAGCUCCUCCCCUCCAAACCGCUGGCCUGCGGAUUCACCUCUUGCCGAACCAGCUAAAAGCUUCACCAAGCCUGUAACGCUGCUCCAGGAAAUAGAAAAGGGACUUCCUGUCAACUAAAUUGAGUUCAGGAAGCAUUUAUGGGACUGAGAUCUGUGAAUGUAUAAAUAUGUAAAUAUAAUUUUUUUUAAUCUUUCAAAAACAAAUUUCCAGAUGUGAGAGUCUUUAUUUUAAGAAUCAGGAUCUUUAUUCACAAAGGGUUUAUGAGGAAAAAUUGUUUUGCUGCACAGUAGAAAAAAAUGAUUAUAAAAAGUGUAUUAUUCUAAAAAUCCACACUCUCAGAUAAAACCGACCUUGUCUUUAAGGUGGUGCCUUUACGUGUAAUCUUUUGCACCUUUAGUAUGUUUUAUUUCAGUAGAAAUUUGCGCACAAUGCUCAUUUGAAGCUUUACUCUGUAAAGGAAAAUAAUUAAAAUUACCAAUUAAAAUCCUGUGAAAAAGUAA